CAGCAGCACUCCCCCCUCCCUCCCAGCCAGCACUCAGCCAGCAGCAGCAGCACUCCCCAUCCCUGUUAGCCCUCUCUGCUGCUGCACUGCUGGGCACUCACUGAGACUCUCACUCCCCUCCUGCAGGGGAUCACUACCAUGAAGAUGCUGCGGGGAUUCCUGCCACUGGCCCUGCUGCACCUCUGCCUUCUGUUUGAAGGGGGCAUCGCUCAGCAGGGGGGCAUCAAGGACCCAAUCAAGGACCCCUCUCAACCUGCCACUGGACCUAACAGCACUAUCAUUGGCUUUGACCCGGACAGACCCAGAUCUUCCUACCAAGACUGUCCCGUGGAUAUCUUCUUCGUGUUGGACACCUCAGAAAGUGUUGCUCUUCGUGUGAAACCAUUCAAGACUCUUGUGACCCAAGUCAAGGAAUUUACCAAACAAUUUAUAGACAAACUCACAACAAGGUAUUAUCGCUGUGAUCGCAACCUUGCAUGGAAUGCCGGAGCCUUGCACUACAGUGACGAAGUCAAGUUAAUCAAGUCCCUGACCAAUUUGCCCCAAGGCCGGGACGCCCUGAAGAAGGAAGUUGAUAAUGUGGAGUACAUCGGCAAAGGGACCCACACUGACUGUGCCAUCAAAAGGGGCAUUGAGGAGAUCAUGAUUGGGGGGUCUCACCAGUCCGAUAACAAGUACCUAGUUGUGGUGACAGAUGGCCAUCCCCUGGAAGGAUACAAGGAGCCCUGCGGAGGUCUAGAAGAUGCAUCUAAUGAAGCCAAAAACCUAAACAUUAAAAUCUUCUCUGUCGCCAUCUCACCAAACCACCUGGAACCACGUCUCGGUGUCAUCGCCUUCGAUCCAAACUACCGACGGAACUUCACAGCCACCAGUGUUACCGGCCUGUCCAGUCAGGAGAUGGAAAGCACCAUUGAUACCAUUAUAGAAACCAUUAUUGCUAAUGGUGAACAAGAGUGCUGCACCUAUGAGUGUCAGCCUUCCCGUGGAAUUCCAGGACCACUAGGUCCCCCAGGGGAAGAGGGAGAAACUGGUAAGACAGGACUUCCCGGAGACCGUGGACCACCUGGAGACCCUGGCCGUCAAGGUGACAUUGGACCUGUGGGAUAUCAGGGAAUGAAGGGUGACCAAGGUGUCAGAGGAGAAAAGGGUGGAAGAGGAGCAAAGGGGUCAAAAGGUGACAAAGGAAAGAGAGGAAUCGAUGGUAUUGAUGGACAGAAAGGGGGAGACGGAGUACCUGGAUUCGGCGGCUGUAAAGGAUCUCCAGGUUUUGAGGGAGAAUCUGGACCUCCUGGAUCUAAAGGAGACCCCGGAUCAUACGGAGUAAAAGGAAGUAAGGGAGAAGCUGGAGCCCCUGGGAGUGCUGGAAAAACUGGUAGUGCUGGGAAUACAGGUGACAAGGGAGACCCUGGCACAAAUGGACCACUGGGAGAGAAAGGGGAGUCAGGUGACGAGGGCAAUGCUGGACCUGAUGGACCUUCAGGUGAACGGGGAGGUACAGGAGAGCGGGGUCCUCCUGGGGUAUCUGGUGUACGAGGACUCAGAGGAGACAAGGGAGAAGCAGGACAGGCAGGAGACCAAGGACGGGACGGGCCUGUUGGUCCCAGUGGAGACCCAGGUGAAUCAGGGCCAGCAGGAGCCAAAGGAUACAGAGGGGACGAGGGACCCAGUGGACCUGAGGGGCCUAAAGGACCGAGAGGAGCUAAAGGAUUACCCGGAGAACAAGGAGUGGCAGGCGAGAGGGGAGAAGAUGGUCUUCCAGGAAACGGCACAGAUGGCUUCCCUGGAUUCCAGGGAUACCCUGGAGCUCGAGGUGAUCGUGGUCAAAAUGGGACAAAGGGCUAUCCUGGACCAAAAGGAGAUGAGGGAGAUGCUGGUGAUCCUGGUGAUGAUAAUCCUGCUACAGGGCCUAAAGGAUUGAAUGGCGCGAAGGGCUACAGAGGCCCAGAAGGACCACAGGGACUUCCAGGACCUCCAGGACCACCAGGCCCAGAUGAAUGCGAAGUUCUGGACAUUAUAAUGAAGAUGUGCUCUUGCUGUGACUGCAUCUGUGGUCCCAUUGAUGUCCUCUUCGUGGUUGACAGUUCCGAGAGUAUUGGACACGCUAAUUUCCAGGUUUCCAAAGAGUUUAUCAUAAAGGUCAUUGAUCGGCUGAGUAGGGAUGAACAUGUCAAGUUUGACUCUGGAGAUUCCAGGAUUGGGGUGGUGCAGUACAGUCACGGAAACACUGAAGAGUCUGUAGCCAUGGGAGAUGCCAACAUCCAGACCAUCGGCCAGCUGAAGGAGGCGAUAAAGAACUUACGCUGGAUCGCAGGUGGCACGUGGACAGGCUCUGCCCUUGCUUUUACUAAUGAGAACCUGAUGAAACGGUUUGCAUCUGACAAGAGAGUGGCACUUGUGCUGACAGAUGGCCACUCUGAUAUCCUGAGAGACAAAAUGCCAUUGAGCACCCUGUGCAACGUUGCUCCAGUUGUUUCAGUUGGAGUAGGAGACAUUUUCCAGUCUCCCGCCAACCCUGACCAACUGCAAGAGAUUGCUUGUUCAAGCCCAACACAUAAAGCUAUAAAGAGCCUGUCUCUGCAGAGGAACACCUACGCAGAGCUACUAGAUGAUGGCUUCCUGCAGAACCUGACCGCACAUAUCUGCAAAGACAAGAAGUGUCCGGAUUACACCUGUGCCAUCAAAUUUGAGGCUCCUGCUGACAUCACCAUUCUCAUAGACAGUUCUGCCAGCGUCGGUAGCCGAAACUUCCUAGCAAGCAAAACCUUUGUGCAGCGAUUGGCACAACGUUUCCUGGAGGCUGAGAGUCCCGAUAUUGACUCUGUGCGCGUUUCUAUAGUGCAGUACAGUGGCGCCAAUCAGAUAGAAAUGGAACCACAGUACUGGUCCAAUUACACCGAGGUGGUAAGUGCUCUAGACAAGAUGAGAUUCCUGAAUGGUGGCACCGAUGUGCCAGCAGCACUGAGUGCAGUGACUGAACUGUUCCGUGAAGUUUCUACCUCCGGGGCAAGCAAGAAGCUGCUGCUCUUCUCUGAUGGGAACACGCAGGCACAGGAAAAACUAUUAGAGGCAGUGCAAGCUGCUCGAGACGCUAGGAUUGAGAUCUACGUCUUGGCAGUCGGAAACCGGCCCCAUGAGGAUAAUUUACGAGUUCUGCUCACAGGUGCUCCAUCAGAUUCCAAGGUGGCCUUCAGUGACAGGAACCUGUUCCGCGUAGCUGACUACUCUUCUCUAAAUCGUGGUGUCCUGUACAAAACCGUGAGCCGCCGAGUUUCUCUUAAAUCCCAGUAGAUUAACAGCUCGGCUCUUCCUGAUACACUAGGCUUGAGUCGUAGCCUCAGCCACAUGCACUGUGAUCCAAGAUAAUUAUGAAUGAGUCCUGAAUCUUUCCUGUCCAUCAAAGACCCUCAUACCUUCCUCAGAACCCUGAGAUGAAUUGGACAGGCACUUAUCCUUAACUCAAAGAGAUCCCAGUACUUUGACUGCAUCGUAUUCACCUUUCUUGGCUCAGUUGCCCAUUUCUUUGUAUCCCCCAAGUAUUAGCGAAAAGAGGCACCAAUAUUUGGCCUCCCAAUUAUCUCAGGCUUCCCAGAUGCACAUAGACGUUGGUCUCUCUACAUUAUAUUUGCUAUGUCGUGUUUAGUAUUGUAAUUUACACACUGAUUUCUUAAAAGGUAUGAGGGCGGUGUAAUGGCGUUUUUGUGGGUAUAUAUGUCUCUACAUGUACGUGUAAUGUAAAUUCACAUAUACACACAGGAACACAAGUUACACCAGGGGAUAACCCUACAAAAAAGCCACACUUAUUUACAGAAUUAGUUUUUUUUAAUAAAAUAUAUUUACUGUAUAAAAAACGUAACAGUAGAUGCUCAAAACACAAAAUGUAUUGAUUAAAAGACAACGUUUAAAGUGGCUACCCAGUAAAUCACCCUUUAAUGAAGAGACUAGGAUACUUGAAACAUUGUGAAUUUGAAUAUUACUUAUAUACAGUAGAAGUCUUAUCGGUAUCCGGAUGAUAGAUCUACGAUGUCUAGGUAGACAGUUGAUAGGUCGACGUCAUAUUGUCAACAUGCAUUAAGCCGAUAGGUAUAAAAGGUCAACAGAUGAAAGGUUGCCAGUGCUUAAUGUCGACAGGUUCAAAAGGUCAACAGGAUAAUGGUCGACACACAAAUAGUCAACAUGUUUUGCUGGGGGUUUCACAUGUUUGGCCAACGUUUGCUUGAUUCACUAUCCACGUGGACAUCUACUGGGAGUAGUAACCUGUGGUGAGCACAGCGGUAGCAGAGUGAGCCUCCUUUCCCGAAGUGUAGCAAGCGAAGUGAGCUCACGAGGGUACACGUUUGUGCUGAUGGUGGUCACAUGACAUGGAAUAUACAAGAAAUGGCCUAAAAAAGCAAAAAGACUUGUGACCAUUGCCAUGUUGACCUUUUGGUACAAACCUUUGGCCAACCUUAACCACUGUCGACCUUAACUACUGUUGAAUUUUGUACCUGUCGACGCAAUGCAUGUCGACCAUAUGCUGUUGACCUAUUGACUGUCUAACUAGGCAUUGUAGAUCUAGUAUGCCACACCCAUCUUAUCAGUUAGGACAUCUGUAGAAGACAUGCCAUGCAGAUGAUCCUGGUGAUUUAUAAAUAAAAGAUGUACAGGUUUUACUCAACACGUGAAGACAAAUACCUGUGAAUUGUACACAACAAAAACUCUUCUCCGCUAUGUAAAUUACAUUUUUCAGAUAUAUAAUCCAAGAAUUUUUUAACAUAUUUUUUUAUCCAUGAUAAUUUUUUGUUCAAAAAUGACCAGAACACAGUGGGGGAGAUUCAAAUGUUUGAAAAGUCGGUUGGGUGUCCUGUCUAUUAGAUAGGAAAAAACAGACUCCCAACUGACUUUUCAAACAUUUGAAUCUCCCCCAGUAAAUGGGACCAUUAUUUUUAUUUUGUACAUUCAAUCGAAUUGAUUAACCACUUUGUAUCUGAUGUGGUCCUACACUGCGCUCCUCUGCACUUCCGCUGAACUUGGGGGUGCAGGCAGACUUCACAUUUUGGUACACUCUGGUAGUGCAGGGGUUAGUAUUGUUUUUUCAUACUGGUGCUAUAUUCAGGAAAAAUAAGAGCAUGUGGGGUCUGGUCCACCUCUGUCUGUUUUCAGAAAUAUGUUGUAGAUUGGAUUGUUCUGUGCUGGGUUGGUGGGGUGACUGUAACACCUCCUAGUGCUUAUCUGACCCCAUAUUUGUUUCAACCUCUACUCAUUUUGGUCUCUGAAUAAAGGGUUUUACCUCCA